GGCAGCUACAGAGAUGCAAUCCACGAUGACAACGCGACGACUUGGCCUUCUCGGUCUGCUGGUGGUGCUGGGUUGCAUAGUGGCCCAGGGCAAGCCACAUGGCUGGAGCAGCGGAGGCGGUGGUGGUUGGUCCUCAGGCGGAUCUGGAGGCAGCAAGGUCAUUAUCAGUGCCUGGCCGUCCAGUGGUGGCGGCGGCGGUUGGUCCUCCGGCGGCGGAUCAGGAGGCUGGAAGAGCGGCGGCGGUGGAGGUGGAUGGUCAUCGGGUGGAUCAGGAGGCGGUGGCUGGAAGAGCGGAGGUGGCUCAGGUGGUUGGUCCUCCGGUGGAUUAUCUAGUGCCCUGUCCAGUCUCUCCGGUUGGAAGUCCCAGGCUUUGGGCGGCUUGAGCAGUGGCUGGAAGAGCGGCGGCGGCGGUGGUGGUGGCUGGAAGAGCGGCGGCGGCGGCGGUGGCUGGUCAUCAGGUGGAUCAGGUGGUGGUUGGAAGAGCGGCGGUGGUUCUGGUGGCUGGUCCUCUGGCGGAUCCUCCUCCGCUUGGCCUAGCAAGAUUAGCAGCGGUUGGUCCUCUGGCGGCGGUGGAGGCGGUUGGUCUUCCGGUGGAGGAGGCGGCGGCUGGAGCUGGUAAAGCAAUCCUGGAAACGAGACGACAUCCAUCCGAGGCGAAACUGCGACGAGACGAUACCAGAAAAUACUGCUCAACUUGUAUAUAACAUUUCUCUGCCCUAAACUUAAUCAACCUUUUUUUUUUGUGUAUUUGUGAAUAAAUCUUAUGAGAAAGUAA